UUGAUACAGUUAUGAAUUACAAUUCUCUGUUUUAAUCUUGUUACAUAAUUAAUCUAUGAUGAUUAUUCUGUAUAUUUACCCAGAUAGUCUGAUUUAUUAUUUUAUAUUGAUCAGAUCAGUCUGAUCUCGUGAUGACAUUGAAAAAUUGGGGUGUUUCAUGAAUGAUAUUACAAAAACUAAAGGUGCUUGUAACUUUCAAGUGUAAAUUGAACAUUUAAGUUCACCAUUCAGUGUUUAAAUGAGAUCGCAAGGGUUUAAUUUGUGUUCAUUCAGAUGUCAUCAAACGUUGAAUUACUUUUUCUCUAGUUUAAUUCAGCACCAGUUCUAGUCAUAUUUUUUCAUGUGAGUUAAUCAUAAGUUGAACCUUUAGCAACUAUCAUAUCUUCGAUAUCAGCAUAAAUAAUUAAUUUUGAUAUAAUAAAUAAUUUUCUUUUCAUCUUGUGCUGAAUAUUAUAUUUCCAUGUCUUGUUGAUCUGAAAGCAAAGAGUUGGGCCCAAGCUAACAAUAAAACAUCCAAAUAAAAGUUGUGAUCAAAACAAAACAAUCAAAUUUAAGAAGCCAAUAGUUUGAUUCAAGACAAGUGCAAAACUUAUAUUCAAAAUGGAUAGUAUUUCGUUUUACAAAUAUCUAAAUUUGAUGAAAUUUGAUUUUUGUUUACUCAUCUUUGCCAUUUCAACCAUGUUACAAAAUGUUGUUACAACUCAGUUAAUGGAGGAUAAAUUGUGCCUAAACCAAUUAAAGUUGGGCGAUUCCUUUUGUUCAACCUUUGCAUCGCACCCAAACACAACUGAAACCCAAAAGAUCCUUCAAGGAGCCAAUUCCUUUAAAAACUGGCAAUUCGUCAUAGUAAAUGCGCCCGCUUUACUGUUUUCAAUUUUCAUUGGCUAUUGGCUCGGAAAUUAUCCUCGUUAUUUUAAACUAAUGUUGACAGCACCUAUGAUCGGAUCACUUUGUUUGCUGUCAGGCUUGUUGGUUAACACAUUUAUCUUUGAAGCUCAUUGGUGGUUUAUGCUCUUGGCCCAUAUACCAUACGCUUUAAGUGGCGGAGUAUUUUUGAUUUUCAGUGCUGUCUAUUCGUCCAUUCCAUGGGGAACCCCAAUUCAUUUAGUUAUUGUUCGCUUUGCUGUGAUUGAGUUUUUCGUUAAAAUAUCAAUGAUGAGUUCCAGCUAUGCGAGUGGUAAGCUUCUCGAUAUGAAUCCAUGGUUCCAUGGUCAACGUAAAAACUAUGCUGGAGUUUUCAUUGUUUCAUUGGUACUAAACUUUUUGGCUCUGUUGCUUGCACUUUUGAUGAAGACCAGUUUUCCCAUACCAAAGGAACCAGAAAAGGAUAGCAAGAAUUUGUUCCAAGUUGUUAAUGAUGUUUUCCGUUUAUCUCGAGUUAACGAAUUAGCAGCCAUAUUUGUUAAAAAAAGGCCAAACCAUAAAAGAUCCCAAUUGGCACUUUUGAUUUCUUCAGUGGCUAUUUGUACUGCUGCACUCAACAAUGAAGACAGCAUUGCCUAUCAAUUUGCUCAGCGUGUUUAUGGGUUAACAGAGGAAGCAUACACUUCAAUGUUGACUCUGGUUUACAUACCACCAACCAUUGUCACUUCACUUGGACCUGCAAUCUUGAAAUCCUUUUUUGGUCUUUACGAUUCGUCUAUAGCCAUAAUUGGAUCUACAUCAUUGGCGUUGUUUUUUGUCAUUAGAGGAGUAUUUUUAUCGAUAAAAGGUUACAUUACUGGAUAUGUUGUUGGUUCCUUUGCUCGAGUAUCAAGUGUAGCUCUUCGUAGUGUAAUAGUGGCAACAGUUGAACCAGCGGAAUGUGCUCAAAUCUUUACUCUGACCACAGCUUUAGAAACCUUUGUUGGCUUAGGAGCGACUUUUUUGUACACUUCAGUGUUUAGCUUUACCAUUGACAAACAGCCUGGAAUUAUUAUGAUUUUAAUUGGAUGCAUAUCGUCAUAUCCAUUGUUUGUCAGCUGUUGGGUUAGAGUAGUCCAGUACAAAUUUAGAAGGAUGAAAAAAGGUUCAAUUGACAAUGAAAAGAAUCGAUUGAUUUUUUUGAAUGAAACGUCCAAUGAAGGAUGAAUUUAGAGUUUCUUAUGGAACAACGAAUCUGAAAGUUUGAUCUUUCUGAAACCCUUUUAAACAAUGAAUUUGUUAUUUUGAUCAUUUUGCUUCUUGUUCGGUGAUACAACAUGUAAAGGUUAUAGCAUCCAUACACUGUUAAAUCUAUGUACAUAAAUAAAAUAUUUAAAUCUGAA